AUGGCAUCGACUCAGAAUCAACGCGUGGAAAAGAAGAUCUACGGUAUCUUCAUAGCAGAAGAUCUCAUCGAUGACUCGACUGGCAUCAUUCCGAUGAGAGGAUUAAAGUCACCACUUAGCCUCAAAGAUCGUUUCGCGAGGCGACUGUCGAAGAUGCUGGAUGCCGAGAUGGACAUACAACAGACAGACAACGGCAACGCGAUGAAGAUAUUUCUCACGCGUAAUCGAACAAUUUCUCGAGUACGCGUUGGCCUGGAUAAUGAACUCCGCAAGUUCAUGCGAGCCACGAAAGACGCGUUGAAAUCGAUUGCGAAGAACGCCGAUGGUCCGCAGCAUGUACUUCAGAUCGCGUGCGAUGACCUCUGGGACAUGAUCCUUAUCUUCAACCGCAGUAAGAUCGAAACGAUCAUUCAAAAGCUGCAGAAGACCUUGCAAGAUUACCAGGAAACAUUCGACGACCUCGUGACGAGGAUGUUUGGCAUUGAUGAUCCCGAAUACAAAGACCAGCUAUUGGAUCGUGAGCUUGGCGAUCGUAUCAUCUCACUCUCGCAACGAAUCAACAGCUAUGACCGUUCGAUGAAGGAAUUGAAUGCGCUUGUACAUCUCGCAUCAGAAACGACAAGAGUGCUUCUACAUCUGCAGGAACGGUUAAGGUCCAUUCUCGAGAAGACACGGCUUGCCGAUAAGUUAUACGAGCUUAUCUGCGCAUUGGGGUUUCCCGAGCGAGUGCACAGUACUAUGGUGAGGUCAGCUAGAGCCUCACAAUCAUUCGAGAACGUCAAGUUCCAUUUGAGAUCCAGCUCUCCAGGCAAGACUGUUUCCUUCGCGAUCCCAAUAGAGAGCUCGACGCAACCAAACGCAAAAAAACCCUUAUUACCUCAACGACAAGAGAAGCCCAAACGUCGUUGUUAUAUCGAAAACAAGAUUACAAUGCCAGCAAUAACUCCUACUCUUCACUUUCAUCAUCCUCAGCCAGCAAUCUCUAGUCUCGGCCCUUUGAUGACUGCCGUUCAGGUUUAUCUUGCUCGAGAAGACAAAGGCCUCGCCCUUGUUCGCCUACAGCCUGCCACCAAGCAAGAGACCACACAACUUAUCGGAACUAUUUUACAAGGGAAGCUCCUCCCUAUGCGUGCUAGCGCAUGGUAUGCCUUUGGAUUCGUUACAACCAAAGAUAAAGACCAAGAACAGCGGUUAUCGGGCCUGUACAAGGCUCUACUACGCGAAGCAGACAAUUCCGGAGUAAUUUUCCAUGAGCUGCAGACCGCCUUGGAGAAAAACACACUCGUCACACUCUUUGACAAGCACGGGUAUGGACACUUCCGCCAGCUGUUCCCGUGUCUAGAGAGCUUCCUUACAACAACACCUCAGCAGCGCAGCACUGUCUGGCGACUCAGGCAGUUCUUGAAAGACCCCACCGAUGAUGAGCCUCCGGCCUGCCUACAGCGCGAUUACGGCUUCAGAUACUGCCGUCAGCGCGAGGAGGUGCUUCAUCUUAAGGGGAUCUAUACUCACAUGCUUCGCAAACUAGGUCCAAAGGAUCUGCAUACCGCUUGUAUUCAUGGUCGGCUUUUUGAGACGGCAGUGAAAGAGGGAGUGGAGAUUGAUUCGAAGGACAAGCGUUUCCUGAACAGUGAUUAUGGUUCCCCGUUCCUAGGGCUGGACAACGAGGGUGGGCUUGAGGUCUAUCGUGGGCCUUUCUACCGAAGGAAAUUAAAACUCUAG